GCUAAAUAUAUAUAUAUGUAAAAAAAAUAAAAUAAAAAAAGUCCUUCGCAAAGAAAGAGGAAGUGAAGACUGAAAGCCGCACAAAGUGCAAAGAGGCGGAAAGAACAGGAAGUGGAAAGGAGCAGCACACACUAUUUCAAGAUUUCUUUACGAGUCCUGUCCAUCUUCUCUGCUUGCCGCCAUCUUGGGACCACAAACAUGACUCACGGCUGCCUCAAGUGUUUGAAAUACACCAUGUGUGUCGCCAACCUCCUCUGCUUUGUGUGUGGUGUGGCGGUGCUGGGUCUGGGCGUGUUCAUGAUGGUCAACUUCCAGCUGACCGCACUCAUGCCCUCUCUGGCCAACUUCAACCUGGCCAACACGCUGCUGGUCAGCGGCCUGGUCAUCACCUGCGUCUCCUUCCUGGGCUUCCUGGGCGCCCUCAAGGAGAACCGCUGCCUCCUGCUGACGUUCUUCCUGAUGCUCUUCUUCCUGCUGCUGGUGGAGCUGACGGCGGCGUGCUUGCUCCUCAUGUACGAGCACAAGAUCGCCGACUGGAUCCAUAAGGACCUGAACCAAGGCCUGCAGGACGCCAAGGGCCAAAACCCAGACGAGUCCCGCAGUGAGUGGGACCUGGUCCAGAAGACGUUCGAUUGUUGCGGCGUCCACAACGCGUCGGACUGGGGGGACGACCACGUUCCUGCUUCCUGCUGCAAGGCCGACUGUGAGCCCCCACGCACGCCACAGUACAGAUCCAAGGGCUGCUUGGACGUGAUGAAAUUGUGGUUUGAAGAGAACUUCCUGAUCACUGGCAUCUCUGUCAUCGUCUUCUGCAUCAUCGAGGUGUUGGGGAUGUGCUUCGCCAUGACACUUUUCUGCCACAUCAGCAGAUCCGGACUGGGCUACAAGUUGUAGAGCCUCGUGUUGUUUAUUCUUCGACUCUUUGUGUCUUACCUUUGUUUCUCAUUAACCCGCUUUUUUUUUUAUUGACAUGUUUGUGAAGUUGCACUUUUAAUGAAAAGUUACCCACAUUUAUUUAAAUUGAUCGUUAGAAUUUAUCCACACAUUCCCGCAACAUAGUUGUCCUCCAUUUAUUUUUGUCCUGUCACUUAAAUUCAUACUUGCCAAAAUCCGGGAGGCUCCCGAAAUUCAGCGCCUCUACCGAAAACCUCCCGGAAGAAAUUUUCUCCCGAAAAUCUCCCGAAAUUCAGCCGUAGCUGGAGGCCACUCCCCCUCCAGCUCCUUGCGGACCUGAGUGGGGACAGCCUGUUUUCACGUCCGCUUUCCCACUAUAUAAAAAGCUUUCCUGCCCAAUCACGUUACAACAUCUACAGAUUUGAAUAAAAAAACUGCACACACAAGGAGACGAAGCAGAAGAACGAGAAAUUACAGCCAUGGCAUGCAAUCUGUAAUAAGAGUGAUUCUGUGUUGUCUGUUGCCAUCUCCUGGUGAAUGUUGGCUAUAGCGUUACGGGGUUGCUUUUUGAUUGGCCAACGAUUUACGUGGUGUUGUGCACCUGACGGCAAGUGAGGGAGUCUGUUCUGAAGCCCACAGUAAAGAGACGUAUCUUCA